AUGUUUGAAACAUCCAUUAUCGGCUUCGAUGCCGCGCACGGCGCCCUGGACCUCGCCGGUCUCCCCGUCCUGUUUGACAAGGACGAGUUUGAGGGAACCCAGAUCGCCAUCAGGAACCUGGCCCGCGAUCUUGAGUCCGUCACUGGCAAGCCUUCCGCGUUGCUGAAUACGACGGAAGGGCAGAGCGCCGUGGACGGCAUCAUCCUCGUCGGCAGCCUUGCCAGGUGCAAGUUCCUCCAGGAGCUCGGCCAAGAGGGCACGCAGCGGGUUCGGUCGCUCGAGGGCAAAUGGGAGACGUUUUCAACCCACGUCGAGGACAGCCCCUGGUCCUUUGCGAAGCGCGUCUUUGUCCUCGCGGGCAGCGACAAGCGCGGUGCCAUUUUCGCGAGCUAUACCCUGACCGAGCAGGCUGGUGUGUCACCAUGGUACUGGUGGGCCGACGUUCCCAUCAAGAAGCACUCGCAAGUGUAUGCCGUGUCUGAGCCCACGAUCCACGGCGAACCGAGCGUCAAGUACCGCGGCAUCUUCAUCAACGAUGAGGCACCGGCCCUCACCGCAUGGGUCCACGAGAAGUACGGCGUGAACUAUGGCUCAGAGUUCUACAAGCGCGUUUUUGAACUGCUGCUGCGCAUGAAGGCCAACUUUCUUUGGCCUGCCAUGUGGUCCGGCUUCCCCUGGCCUGGGAGUUCCUUCUUCACUGAUGACCCUCUGAACCAGCCCCUCGCUGACACGUACGGCAUCGUCAUGUCGACGUCUCACCACGAGCCCAUGCAGCGGGACAUGACCGAGUGGAGAACCGCCAACAAGGGCGUGUGGUCUUGGGAGACGAACAAGGAGGCCGUGGCCGAACACUUUGAAACGGGCAUCGAGCGCGCCAAGCCUUAUGAAUCCAUGAUCGAGCGUGUGCACGGGACGCCAGACGGGACGCCGCAACUGAUGGCUUUGUACAAGGAGGCGUUGCAGAUGUACGAGAAGGGCCUGAAGGUGCCAGAGGACGUGACGCUGCUGUUUGCCGACGACAACUUUGGCAACGUUCGUCGGUAUCCGACGGAGGAGGAAAGGAAGAGAAGCGGAGGCGCCGGUCUAUACUAUCAUCUCGAGUACGUGGGCCAUCCGCGAAGCUACAAGUGGCUUCACUGCACUUCCUUGGGCAAAGUUCAACAGCAACUGAGGGCCGCUCAUGCCAGCGGGAUUGACCGUGUCUGGGUGUUUAACGUCGGCGACAUCAAGCCCAUGGAAGCGUCGAGCAGCUUUGCACUGUCGUUGGCCUGGAACAUCAACGCGGUGGACCAUUCCGUCAUUUCAUCCUACUUUUCGACCUACGCACUCCGAGAAUUCGGGACAGAUCAUGCGCAGCAGAUCGCAGACGUGCUCGCGGGACACGAUCGUCUCGUCGGGCUUCGCCGUCACGAGCACAUUGACACGGACACGUUCUCGGUCGUGCACAACCGAGAAGCAGAGUCCAUCGUUCAGCGGUGGAAGGCUCUGGAGUCACAGGCUCUGGAGAUCUUCCAGGCGGUGCCUGAUGCCCAGAAAGCGGCCGCGUAUCAGCUCGUCCUCCACCCAGUCAAGGCAUCCCGGAUCUGCACCGAGCUGCGGGUGACGCAGGCGCUGAACCAGCUCUACGGCCUACAGAGACGCAACACGACCAAUGUUCUGGCCCAGCGUGUCUUGGAUCUGUUCCAGGAAGACUACGACCUCGAAGAUGAGUAUCACGACAACCCGUGGUUCGGCGACAAGUGGAACCACAUCAUGUGCCAGCCGCGCUAUGGAUACGAUCCCACCACAUGGCACGCCCCAACAAGGGACAUGAUUACGGGGCUUUCCUACGUGCAGACGCGACGAAAGUCGACGCGCAUCGCCGGCCAAGUGGGCGUAGCCGUGCAGGGCCACGGCGGUGUCCGGCCGGGGCUGGCAAACGAAGAGUGCGACCGCACGCACCCCUCGACAGGCAACCUCGUGCCGGGCUUCACACUGCCGAAGCUCAGCCCGUACGGGCCUCAGAGCUACUACUUCGAGAUCUUCGCCCGUGGCAUCGAGAAGAUUGAGUGGACCGUUGAGCCCAGCGAGUCUUGGAUCCAGGCGUCUCCGGCGAGCGGCACACUGCUGCCCGAUGACAAGCAGGACGCACGGGUCGAGGUUACGAUCAACUGGGAUACCGCGCCCAAAGACUUCCAGGGCGUGGUCCCCAUCAGCGUGCGGUCCGUUGCCGGAUACUUUGAGCAAGUCCAUCUGCCGGUAGACAGCCGCAGGAUUCCGGAUGACCAGAGAGCGUUCGUCGAAGCCGCGGGCAUCGUCUCGAUCGAAGCCGGCGCUGCGCACCUCGAUGCCUCGCUGGCCAAGGUGUACCGCCAGCUUCCCAAGCUCGGCCGAGUGGAGCGCGGAUCUGUGUCUCUUCAGCUGACGGCGAAUCCGGAGGGGGCACCAUACCUCGAGUAUCCGAUUUACCUGUUCUCGGAGCCCAAGGCUGUGUCCGUGACCCUGUAUUUCACCACUGUCCUCGAGGUCCGCCCCGACACGCCGAUCAAGUAUGACAUUGCGUUUGAUGGUGCCGAGAGCACGGGCGUGCAGCUGCUGGAUAGUCCUGGGCGAGGCGAUCUGCCCAAGGGCUGGGCCGACGCCGUGAUGAACGGAGUCUGGACCCGACAGCACGAUUUCACACUGACAGGUGACCUUUCUGGACCUCAUGUCGUACGCUACCGUCCUUUGAGCAAUGAGCUGAACUUGGAGAAGAUUGUAGUGGAUAAUCAACGCAGCUUUCCAUACAACCUUGCCUUUCCCGAGCAACGAGACGACAUGAUCUCGAUACCUCAGAGGCAGAGGACAACAUGGAUGUGCCACGGCAGAGAGCUCUGCCACCCGACAGUCUGUCAGUCUAGCGAUCAGGAUGUUGGCUGUUUUGAGGAGAGUGACUUCCCGUAG